UUCCCACCAUCAAAUCCAUCAAAACUACUUUUAACACAGAUGCUUCAGAUUAGUUCAGUGCUUCAGAACAUUCUAAACAAUCACUGAGGUUUUUAGGCUCAAUGUUCAGUUGGAAAAUGCGUUUUUCUUCUAUUAUAAUAUAAAAUGAUUAAAACAGAAGCUGGUUUAAGUUAUUAUUAUUAUAUUUCAUAUAUUACAUGUCCUAUUACAUUAUACAUGUAUUUCACCUGGAUCCUGAUAGUCUUUGACCGAAGCAUUUUAUGUGUGUGAUGCUUAGAAUGUCUUUGUUCUGGUGGAGAAUAAAUGUCUUUAUACUUAUGACCAGACUUAAAGAUUUCACGCGCUGCUGAUUUUAUCAAUUUGUCUUGUUACUUCCUCAAAAACUCGGCUUCCUCAAAUAGUGAUAUCAUAUAAUGGAGGACAUAUAUGCGAACGUUGAAAACGAUCCGUCUGUUAAGACAAGACCUUUAGGAAUGGAACCAGGGCCCAGGAGCUCAGAGAGAUCACGUCAUGGAGCCGUGGUCCUGGGUCUGGUUCUGCUGAGUGUUCUGCUGCUCGCUGGGCUCAUCUGCCUCGGUGUCCACUACCACGAUGCUGCUGCACAACUCUCCACCAUCAAAGCCAACGUCACUGAUUUAAUGGAGGAAAUAAACCAGCUGAAGACCAACGUCACUGAUCUGAUUGAGGAGAGAAACCAGCUGAACACCAAUGUGAAUGAAAUGCAGAAGCUGCAGCAGAAGAAAGCGUGUCCUGCUGGAUGGAGGAGGUUCGGCUGUUCCUGUUACCUCCUCUCCAGUCAGUUUGGACCUUGGACAGACGGCAGAGACGACUGCAGAAGCAGAGACGCACAUCUGGUGGUGAUCGACUCCAGUAAAGAGCAGAUGUUCGUCUCUACAUUCACCAACCAGGAUGCUUGGAUUGGUUUGAGUGACAGGGACCAGGAGGGGAACUGGACCUGGAUCGAUGGAACUCCACUGACCUCCACCUCAGCUCGGUUCUGGGGAAGGAACCAGCCUGAUAAUACUGGGCCGACUGGUGAUGAGGACUGUGGAGAGAUCAUAGGUUAUGGUGAUUGGUGGAAUGACCUGCGCUGUGAGGCAUCUCGGAAGUGGAUCUGUGAGAAAGAAGCAUGAAGCUGUGGAGUGGCUUUAACUGGAGUCAUAAUCGCUCUGGUCCUUCCAAUUCAUUCACAAACACAUUAUUUCCUGUGUUAAUGAAUGUGAUCAACAUAAAAGCUUGAAGGCAAAACUACUUUUUGCCUUCAAACCAGCUUCAAUACUUAUAGGUUCACUUGCACAAAGCCAGGAAAAAACGUAAAAAAGUAGAAACACCAAAUAUUAAUGUGAUUGAAAUUUGUCUUUUAUUCAAUUUAUUGAAACAUUUAAAUAUAUAACAGCAUCUUCA